AUGCCACACCAGUUUGCUGUGGCAACUAAGCCCAAAGUCAAGGUAGAUAUGCCAGUUCCAGUUCCGAUUUUUGGGUCACUAACCUUCCAGCUUGUCGGCAAAACUUUGAGAGCGCUAUGCGUGGAGAAGAGAAUCACCCUCAUCCAAGUCGUAGUUCGCAGGUUAAUCAAGGUUUUCUGCAAGGAGCUCGCUUGGGACUUUGUGGGAUUGAUUCAACAAGACAAACCCCCUCACUGCAUUGGGGCCAAAUGUGGUCCAUCCAAUGGUCCUGAAGGAAACAUCGCUCACACUGGCAAAGAAUUUCCACCUUGUAUUUCGUCAAUCAAUAGACGAAGGAAACCUUCGCUCUAUUUUCCAGGAGGCAAUUUUCACGCCAAUCUGCAAACCUGGUGA